AUGGACGAGGCGGACUCGGCCACGAAGGCGCUCGGGCUGGAUGAACCGCCCAUCGGCAUGCCGGCGGUGGAGGGCUCGGAUACCGAGUCGGAGGCCGAAGUCACCACGAUGGCCGUAAUGGGCGAACCGGGAAACAUCGAUAUGGGAGCCGAGUCCCUGCCGAACCCCGACGAUGCCGAGGCGGCGUUCGCAGAGGUGACGGCUGUGACGGUGGCAGACGUUCAAGCUGCUGACGACAAUGUUUUUACCACGACGGUCGCCACAUCAGGAAGUCUCCCAGAACACAUGCUGAGUGGGAGGACAACCCUGCAGUUGGGUGAAGGUCUCAGUACCCAGAAGGCCACUUUGAUCGUGGUUCACACUGACGGCAGCAUCGUGGAGGCUGCUGGCCUCAAGUCUGCUGCCACCAUCGCGUCAGGCCCACAGACUCCGUCCACCCCGCUGAGUCCACCCCAGGACAAAGAUUCCUGUUCCAAGUACAACUGGGACCCCUCGGUCUACAACAAUGAGCUGCCAGUCCGGUGCAGGAACACUAGUGGAGUCCUCUACAAGAACCGACUGGGAUCAGGAGGUAAAGGCCGCUGCAUCAGACACAACCAGCAGUGGUUCACGCCCACCGAGUUUGAAGGUAUGGCAGGAAGAGCGAGCAGCAAAGAUUGGAAGAGGAGCAUCAGAUACGCUGGCAGACCUCUGCUCUGCCUCAUACAGGAGCGUAUCCUGAACCCCCACGCCGCUUCCUGUACCUGCGCAGCCUGCUGUGAUGACCUGACGGGGUGUCCAAAGGAUGCAGACUCACUGGUAGCAGAAAACAUCAGUAUGACUGGUCCGGUCCGCCUCUUCGUCCCGUACAAGAGACGGAAGAAGGACAGCGAGCCGCCGACUACCCCCCCAAAAAAGCAACUUCCUGCCACCAAAAACAUCACGCUGGCCCCGGGGACCACAUGUACGUCAGUCACGGUGACCCCGUCAGGACAGUUCACCACCUCCGGGACCUUGACCUUUGACCGGACUCCGACCGGCGACGCCACAGCCGCCGCCGCCGCCAUCAUCUCAGAAGGCUCAGCGCAGAACGAGGUGUUCGCCAGCACAGCAGUGCUGACGGCGUUGCCGGCGCUCGCCGUGGCUCCACAGCCAGUUCAGGCCAAGGUGGCGGCGGUCGCGUCCCCAUCAGCGGGGCUGGUGAGCGGUCUGGACGUGGGGCCUGCUGUAGGAGGGGCGGGCCCAGCGGUCAGCGAGGGGCAGAAGAACACCUGGCUGUACCUGGAGGAGCUCGCCAACACGCUGCUGAGCAACGUCCAGCAGCUGAAGGCCCUGAUCGAACAGGCCAAAAACUCUCCUGGGGACACGGCAGGGGUCAAAGGUCAGGCAGGCAGGAAGGAGUGUGGUCUCAGUCAGUCGUUUCAGAACCAGAUAUCAUUUCAGCAGCCAGACGACUCAGAGGCGAAGAGGAGCUCUGAAAUCACUGAGAUCAUCAUCAAUCAGGUGUGUGUGAACUGUGGUCGAGUGGCGAUGAGUGAGUGUACGGGCUGUCACAAGGUCAACUACUGCUCCACCUUCUGUCAGAGAAAGGACUGGAAGGAUCAUCAGCACACCUGCUGUCAAUCAGCAGGGGGCGUGGCUGUUCAGGAGGAGGAGCCAAUCACAGCCAUGGACAUAGACAAAGUGAAAUGAAGGUGCGGCUGGCCCCGCCCACAGUUCACAUGGAAACAUGAGCAGACCAGAGAAGGACAUCAUCACAGAGACAAAGUCCCUGACCUUCCAGUGGAGCCUCAUGGGAUGGUUGUACCAAAAACUGCGCUGAGUUUAUAUUCGUCGGGAGAAGUUUGUUUUUUUUUCUGAUCACAGCAGCCUCUAGUGGACAGUGGAGGAACUGCAGCUCAACAGACUGACAUGAACUCAGUAUUACAAUAAUUAUAAAAGCAUUAAUUCACCCCCAGUAUAUCAUUAUGUUUUAUAAAGCAGGAUAAGGUAAUAAUGUGUUAAAAAGUUUUAUGGCUGCAGCCAACUGUUUUCUUUAUUGAUUGAUUUGUUAAUUAUUGUCAGUUGCCACAAUGAUGAUUUCUUAUCGUCCCUCAGUCGCUGUCGCUUCCCUGUCAUUUUAUGAAACCUUACUUUGCUGCCAUUUUAACUGCUGAUGAACAGAUUUAAACCUCCUGAGUCCAUCCUGGACAAUAAAGGUCAAACACAUCAAUAAAACAGAGGAUCGUAUUAAAUUAA